UACAAUCUACUUUUUGUCUAAUUACUCAGGCCGACAAUGAGGAACUAAUAAUCGGUCAGCAUAUAUCUAAUUAGUUUGAAACAUUCAAAAAAGUUAUCGAAAUUGUGAACAAAGCGCUUCGCUGGAAAUAGAUCGCUCCGAAUGAGGACGAAGCGCCGUGCAGGCUCGAAAAUCCAAAAGUGAUUUUGAGAGACACUGCGUAUAUCUGUGCCGAGCGCCACGCGACCGGGUCGUCCGGUCGGGCCGGGUGCCGGGUGUUGUUGAAAUCAACGUGGUGGGGUUCCUUCGACGAGCCUACAACCGGAGCCUUAUGCCUUCAGUCGACUCUCGGCUCUCACUGCGACUCGAGCCGACUGAGAUUCCGUUAAUUGAGUAUCGAGCAGCCCGAAAACGCGCCUGGAUGCUUCAGGUGCGGGGCCAUCCUUCACUUUAAGCAGAAGCAGAAGGAGCAGCAGCAACAAUAGCAACGACAACAACAACAACAACGAGGGAGGAAGAAGAGGGAGAAGAGGAGGUUUGCAGUUUUCCAGUUACGUCACACACUUGGCAACUCGGGAAGUAAACCGCGUGGGAUCUGAUAGCAUCUGGUGGAAGAUAAAAAUUGCGCCGAAGAAGCUUAUCGAGAGGAAGUGAAGGGAAUCGCGGGAGUAGUGGGGAAGGAAGUAUCCUGCCGCGAGUCUUCGAGCAGUGCGAUUGGGACUUGGCGCGAGUCGACAACCUCCAACCGAUCGCGACUGACCAAUAGUCCGGUCACUACUCCAUUCCGAUUCAGGUCGAUCACCUCAACGAUUUUGGACCCCAAGAAUCGCGUGCUGCACGGUUAGUUAAUAACGUGGGUGGUUGUAGGAUCGGAAAAGAGAAAAAGAUCCAAGAGAAAACAUCGAAAGCCAGGAGCGGCCAGAAGCGAAAGAAAGAGAGCGGACAAUCGAAGCAAGGGGGACCAGUCGAUUUGCAGAGGGUGCGGCCGGGGCCGGAAGGGUUAAAUAGAUGCAGGAAUCUGCAGACGGCGCCAUAGUACUUCGCCGCGAAAAAACGGAUAUCUACGCUCGAAGGAACUCGCGUGAACGUGGCGGAAGGACGUUUUCUGAUCGAACAGAUUGUGCUCGUGAAUUCCGAUUGUUUUUGUAACGUCGAUAAGGGAUCGUCUGUUAUCCGCAAGGAAACUGGCGGGAAAGCAUCGAUUCAACUUGCUGGAGGUUUUAUCUAAAUAAUCGCACCGCCGAUAACAAUUACAGUAAGUCAUAAAAGUCAAGACAAAUAUUCGCGAGUGCUCGCAAAAUAAAGUGUCUUUUAUAUCGUGGUUGGCAAAUCUCGUGGCAUCGAGAUUGAUCAAUAAUUGAUUCUCUCCCGCUUAUAAAGACUCGUUGAAGGAUUCUGAAGGACUGAACUUUACGGUGCUCGCGACAGUCUUGUAGACGACAUCUAUAGUGAUUUAUAAGCCACAAUACAUUCGCAAAGGAUCGAUUGCAUUUAAAACAUAUUAGUAUUUGCAAUUUUCACGGCCGAGAGAUCUCGAUCUGAGACUCGUGUGAGAGUUUAAACACACUCGGUAUUCGCUUGAAUGACACCGGUGGGGAUCUAACAGGGUUUCGGUAGCUUGAACGAGACGACGUCACAAACAUGUUGUGCGGCACAUUUAAGAAAAGCAGCAGACUUCUAGGGGACGAGUAUCGGUUGGUUAGAUCGAACACCAUGCCGAGGACAGUGUUCGGGCCGAGAGACGUCAACGUGGUGUCUGUGCGGAGAACGAAGUCCACGAGGACCGCCGCUCGACCCUUGAUCAAGGACCUAUUGCUUACGGGUCUUGACAAUGUGAGCUCGGCGACCCUCAGGCCCUUUAACUCGGAUAUCAACACGCCGAGGAUCGACAGCUACAGAUUCUCCAUGGCGAAUCUCGAAGAUUCUCAGGAUGUCGACCUGGAUGCAAUCCUCGGUGAAUUGUGCGCCUUGGAGCGACGUUGCGACGGUGACAUCGCCGCCACUCCUGCGCCAGAUUCACAAAGGCCAGGACGACCCGCCAGCGCAAGGAUCAAUCCAGGCGACAACACUGAUAUCAAAAAUGAAGGUGGUAUACGCACUGAUAGUCCUGAUAACGACAGUGCGUUCUCGGACACGGUGUCCAUGCUGUCCAGCGAAAGUUCGGCGAGUAGUAGCGGUUCCGGACACAAGCCACCUCAGACCGCCAUGCACACAGCUCCUCAGCAACAACCACAUCAGCUUGUCGAUGCAGCGAGCAGAGCGAAGGCAGAGAAGAUCCGCCUGGCACUGGAGAAGAUGCGCGAGGCGAGCGUACAGAAGCUCUUCAUCAAAGCGUUUACGUUGGACGGCAGCGGUAAGAGCCUCCUGGUCGACGAAGGGAUGAGCGUCGCGCACGUGUGUAGGUUGCUCGCGGACAAAAACCACGUGCCAAUGGAUCCGAAGUGGGCCGUGGUCGAGCAUUUGCCCGAUCUCUUCAUGGAGAGGGUUUACGAGGACCACGAGUUGUUGGUGGAGAAUCUUCUGUUGUGGACCAGGGAUUCCAAAAACAAGUUGCUCUUCGUCGAGAGACCGGAUAAAACGCAACUGUUCCUUACGCCCGAGCGAUUCCUUCUCGGUCCCACGGAUCGCGGCGGCGGCGAGUACGACGACCACUCGAGAAACAUCCUACUGGAGGAGUUCUUCUCGAGCAGCAACGUCGGCGUGCCCGAGGUCGAGGGCCCGCUGUACUUGAAAUCGGACAGCAAGAAGGGCUGGAAGAGGUAUCACUUUAUUCUCCGAGCCUCUGGUCUUUAUUACUGGCCCAAGGAAAAAGCGCGCACCGCUCGAGAUCUCGUCUGCCUGGCGACCUUCGACGUUAAUCAGGUUUAUUAUGGCGUUGGUUGGCGGAAGAAAUACAAGGCGCCCACCGAUUUCUGUUUCGCCGUGAAACAUCCACGGCUGCAACAGCCCAAAUCCACCAAGUACAUCAAAUUCCUCUGCGCGGAGGAUAACGCGUCCUUGGAGCGAUGGAUGGUUGGCAUCCGCGUGGCAAAGUACGGCAGGCAGCUGAUGGAGAACUAUCGGGCGCUCGUAGACGAACUGGCGCAGGAAGACCUGGACUUGCUAGCACACGCGAGAUCGUGUUCGGUCAGUUCUAUCGCUACCCCGCCAAAUCAGACCCAGUACAACACGACGAAUGACAACGCUAGACAGUUCGCGGAGAACACGAGGCACAGUAACGAAACAGUAGUCGCCACGACGAGGCAAUACGACGGUCAAAGACAGAGUUACAAUCCGGAGCAACGGCAGAGCUACAACAAUGACGGCAGGCUGAGCAGAGCGAGCAGCUCCAGCUCUAGCGGAUGCCUAUCUGAUGGGGCACCGAGUAGUUGUGAGGUGGCCUUCGAAUGCGGUGAGUUUCCAACAGGCACGAUAAAGCGGAAGCCGUCUAUGAAUCCGAAAUUGCCUCUCACGUCGAUCACGAGGCAAUUGAAGGAGGUCGGUGAGACCGUCCGCGACGAACCGGACUCCUGUCCAAGCCCGACGAGCUCGGGAUCCGGCACGCUGACUAGAAGGCACAGUCGUCGGCGAAGCGGCACAGAUUCUGAUGGAUCCGGCACUUUGAAGAGACAUCAUAGAUCUGGAAACGCCACGCCCGUCAGUCCAGUACCUCCCGGCACGCCGGUGAGGGAGAGAGCGAGCCCAAUGGGAUACAGCAGAUCGGAGAGUCAGGAGUCGAAGACACCGACGAGCCCGAUACAGGCGUGCAUGAUGGAUUCGAUUACCUCGCUGCCACCGCCGCCGUCGCCGUCAAGAGUCGUCGAGGAAGUCGAGUCCGACAGCGAGCCGCUUCCGCCGCCACCCCCCGAGAUGUUCCGAUCGAAUCUCUCGCUAGACUCGCUGCCGCCGCCGCCCGCGCCCGGCGAACUUCCGGUUUGCAACACGCCGGAGCUCACGGGCUCCUCGUUGAGUCUUGCGUCUCUACCGCCGCCGCCCAGUCCGCUCGUCGGCGAGACCGGAACGAUACGUCGCGCUAGGCCCAAGCAGCCCACCCCUACGAACUCUGUGACUCCCGAGAGCACUCCCACGCAUACUGCCAACCCCCGGUCGCAAUCCAAUCAAAUAUAUACAAAUAGUAUCGCGCUGAACAGCAAUUCGAUCCAGAAUUACAAUUCGAAUGCACCCCCGAACGUUCAUAAUGCGAACAACAUCGCCAAUUCUGUAUCUUCUCCGCACAGUUCCUAUCCAGGAUCGACGGCGAGCACGCCGACCUACGCCCCGAACUCACCUAAUUUCACGUCGCCACCGCCCUUCGUGCCGCCGCCGGCUUAUGGCACUCAGCCGCCGCACACUAACUCCCAGAGUCUCGGCCGGCAAAAUUCCAAGGUCGAAUCGAUAUACCAGUCCAGUCACCAUAACACGAUCCAUAACCCGAUCAGGCCGAAUCCCAACAUGGACACCGUCCGACGUAGCGCUAUGAAGCAAGGAACUGGCCAUUACGCGGCGCCGCCUUAUCUGGCCGAAUUGAAGGCCGCCUCCAGUCCGCAGCCGCAACGACGAGUGACCAUUCAGGAGCCGCCGACGUCGCCCAAAUCGAAGACCGGAACCGGCAAGAAGAUCUCAUUUAAUCUACCGCCCCAACAGGAACCCGGCAGUCCGGCGUUGCCGCAACGGAAGCCGACGCCGCCCAGGAGAUCCGACAGCACCAGGCUCACGUCGCCGAAGAAGCUGGCGGCGUCCGAUCAGGCGCCGCCGGGCGACUUCCUCAAGGACCUCCAAAGGGUAAUGAGGAAGAAGUGGCAGGUUGCGCAGAAGUGCAAGCUGGACUCGACGACGACGCCGCACGAGGUGCUCGGCUUUCGGGACCCGCCGCCCGCCGUGGCCGACUACAGAGAAACCAACGUGUCCAAUUGGGUGCAGGAGCACUACGGUGCGGACAAUCUGUACGAAAAUGUGUACGCGACUGAUCCUCACGGGCCGGUCGAGUACGCGUCCAGCCCGACCCGGCAGACGACGGUAAGAUUCGCCGAUGAGAAUCGCAGCAUGAACAUCGUCAACGCGAUUGCCGGGAAAAGGCGACCGCCACCGCCGCCGCCGAAAAGGGCCGAGACCACGCAUCUCACCACCACCAGGGCGAUGCACUGACAAUAGCAGAUAAUUCAGCCCCAUCCCGAGAGGCGAUGGUACUGCUGUCUCUGCGGCUGGUGGAAGGAAUGAGGACGAAGACGGGGGACGGCUCCGUCGACGCGACGUAUCGUCGCUGUUCUGGGGUGUCGGGUACAUCGAGUCUAUCGCUGCUGCUAGAGAGAAUCGUCAACGGAAGAAGAGAAAUACUUCUUCGAAAAAGCAGAGACUGUACGAUUUCGUUGCCGGGUCCUGUCCUAGAUCUCGAGAGGAAAGCACACGGGAGUUAAAAAGAAAUUGCAUUCGUUCAGUUUCGGUUCUGGAUGGCUUUUUUAGUUUUGGAAAGAACCGGAGUGACAGGAUCCAUCUAUAUGGAUGUUAACGUGAAUUAACCAUUCAUAUAUUAACGGCAACGAAAUCAGAAGUUGGGGAUUGCCAUGACAAAUUGCAAAUGCAAGAGGAUGAAUGUCGACGAACCGUCCUUACCGGAAGUUCUUCUUGACCCGCGUAACGCAACUGCCAUUUAGAGCUGAAUACGAACCGGAAGAUUAAUGAUGUAAACGCUCUUUUGUAUCGAGCAACGAACUAUAUAAAAUUCGAGCCCGCGACAGAGCUUCGAUGCCGAUCAACACAUAAGGAACACUGCCGCACAUACGAAGGAUGUGAUAUAAAUCAUAAGCACCACGCCCACGCCCUCCUGUGAAUCUAAGGCCCACGCGAGGAAGAUGAGAAGACGAUGAGAAGCAACACGACAGAACGCACGAUUUUUUUAAAGCGGGACAUAGGAACUAACCGAUGAUUUUAUGCAGAAUCAAGAGAGUUCUGCUUGUGCGUAAAUUUUAUAACCGCUAACUGCCUCGUCUGCGAUUUUCUCAAAUAUACUUGGAUGUGAUAAAUAAUAUAAAAUAUAAAUUAUAUAUAUAUGUGCGAAUACGAUCUGUUAAAGUAUUCAAAGAAAUAAUUAUUAUCGGUAUAAUAAUUACUGAUCAAAGUAUAAUCAUAUCCGAAUAUAAUUUUUAAUAAUUUUGCAAGUUCGAUACUUAAUUUGAAAAAAUGAUUCAUUUGGCAUUCG